AUGGUCGGCUUUAGUGUUUUCGCAGCCGGGGAUCCUGGUGAUGGAAACACUUUUAAUUGUGGACCGUAUCGUCCCAGACCCAUCUCCCUUUACGCUGGUAAAGCGAAUGAGAUUAAUAAAUUUAAAGAUAUAGAAGUCUUAUAUCAUCGUGCAGCGCAACUUCAAAGUCCUCUGAAAAAAAUCGCGGAGGCAGUACCCAAGUCUGAAGAUCCACCAGAAAAGAAAGAAGCACUGCAGCAUCUGUGCAAUGAGUUUUCGAAUGGCUUAGAGGGUAUAAUAAAUGCUACAAAGGACUAUGCCGAACGAGGAAGAAUGUUGCGUGAAGCUCGACAAAUAAUUAUCGAAUUAAAAAGUGGCUCACCAACAAUUAUGCGGUCAAACGAACUUAAUAAAGCUAUGAAACUCCUAGAUCAAAGUUUCGAAUGUAAAUACCGCUUAUUAUCCGACAUUCACCAAAACGACAUGUAUGAAUAUGUUUCCAGGCUUUUGGACAUACAACAGCUUGUUAAUACACACAAGGUUCCAGAACCUUCUGCUAAGGAAGGGGGGAUUAUGGAAGGCAAGGUUAAUGAUGCACCGAAUGCUAAACCUCCGUUUUACUACGGCAGUGCACUGGAUCGAAAACGCACCGAUCCGCAAUAUUUAUCAGAUACAUUGAAUAUAAUUCGGGCUGACUUGAAUAAAAUAGAUGUUAUAUUACGUGAUCCAUUGAUGGAAGAUAAAGGGUCGGUUGACGCCGUUAAUAACAUAUUAUCAUAUUUCCAUAAAUUUGAAGUCAAAGCACAGGAUUUUGUAAAAUUCGUGUCUCAAUGCCUGAAAAAGUUCGGUGCAGAAACGCGUUUGUUCAAACGGAUGGACACUAUCAUUAACCAACUGAAUGCGUUAGAUGUGAAUUCGCAUAAAGCAAUUCCGUAUUUAAAACGGUAUAAGAGAGUAGAAUCGAAAAUAAAUGAACUAUUAGUUCUCAAAGAGACCAUAGUGCUAGACGAUUUACAGCGGGAAGUAUCUCAGAUACUGAAUAAGCUGCUGCAGUUGCACUAUCUCAACCACGAAAACCACAAGAACAACCAGCACUAUCUCAACCACGAAAACCACAAGAACAACCAGCACUAUCUCAACCAGCUAAACCACAAGAACAAACAGCUAAACCACAAGAACAACCAGCACUAUCUCAACCAGCUAAACCACAAGAACAAACAGCUAAACCACAAGAACAACCAGCUAAACCACAAGAACAACCAGCACUAUCUCAACCAGCUAAACCACAAGAACAACCAGCACUAUCUCAACCACGAAAACCACAAGAACAACCAGCACUAUCUCAACCACGAAAACCACAAGAACAACCAGCUAAACCACAAGAACAACCAGCACUAUCUCAACCAGCUAAACCACAAGAACAAACAGCUAAACCACAAGAACAACCAGCUAAACCACAAGAACAACCAGCACUAUCUCAACCAGCUAAACCACAAGAACAACCAGCACUAUCUCAACCAGCUAAAUCACCAGCACUAUCUCAACCAGCUAAACCACAAGAACAACCAGCUAAACCACAAGAACAACCAGCUAAACCACAAGAACAACCAGCACUAUCUCAACCAGCUAAACCACAAGAACAACCAGCACUAUCUCAACCAGCUAAACCACAAGAACAACCAGCACUAUCUCAACCAGCUAAACCACAAGAACAACCAGCUAAACCACAAGAACAACCAGCACUAUCUCAACCAGCUAAACCACAAGAACAACCAGCACUAUCUCAACCACGAAAACCACAAGAACAACCAGCACUAUCUCAACCAGCUAAACCACAAGAACAACCAGCACUAUCUCAACCAGCUAAACCACAAGAACAACCAGCUAAACCACAAGAACAACCAGCUAAACCACAAGAACAACCAGCACUAUCUCAACCAGCUAAACCACAAGAACAACCAGCUAAACCACAAGAACAACCAGCUAAACCACAAGAACAACCAGCUAAACCACAAGAACAACCAGCACUAUCUCAACCAGCUAAACCACAAGAACAACCAGCUAAACCACAAGAACAACCAGCACUAUCUCAACCAGCUAAACCACAAGAACAACCAGCACUAUCUCAACCACGAAAACCACAAGAACAACCAGCACUAUCUCAACCAGCUAAACCACAAGAACAAACAGCUAAACCACAAGAACAACCAGCUAAACCACAAGAACAACCAGCACUAUCUCAACCACGAAAACCACAAGAACAACCAGCACUAUCUCAACCACGAAAAUCACAAGAACAACCAGCUAAACCACAAGAACAACCAGCUAAACCACAAGAACAACCAGCACUAUCUCAACCACGAAAAUCACAAGAACAACCAGCUAAACCACAAGAACAACCAGCACUCCAAUCAAUCAAAACACGUAUACCAACAUUGGAUGAGGCGUCACGUGAAUCGGUUAAACAAGAAGGCAGCGGUGGUGCUGUGA